AUGAUCCCUACUGCCGGCGAGGGAGCAAGCGACCUCGGCCAGGGUCAUAGCCAUGAACAUGCUGUGGGCGACUGUGGCGGCGGUCAUCACCUACCCCAGGAGGACGGCGAGUACCAUGAUAACGAAAACGACGACAACGACGACGACGACGACGAAGAAUACGACGAAGACGACGGCGACAGUCUAUGCUACGGUCAGCCCCAUCACCAUAGCCACCACAUCCAUCACGAUCAACACGACCAACACCACUCCUUCCACCCCUACCACCACCAGCAUUUGCCCCACCACGGCCCGCUCUCUUUCUUCGACCAUAUGGACGGCUAUAUUUCAGACGAUCUUGAUAUGUCUGAUGGUACCGGUGAUGGCGCGCCCUUGGUGAAUUACUUGGACGUCACCAGCCUGCUCACUAGCGACAUGGACAUGGACAUUUCAGACGACUCGGGCACCGGCGACUCUGUCUUUGGCGACGAUGUUGGUAUUCCACACGGGACUAACGCACCCGGCAACAAUGCGCUCCCUUCCCCUCCGGGAGUCCUGCUUCCCGCAACCCUCUCCUUUACGCCUGUCCCUGUGGCCUUUGAUGACCAGCUAUCGAACACUAUGGUGGUGCCGCCGAUAGUCGGCUCGAACAUUAUGUUGACGCAGCUGGAACAGCUUGCUGAAGCAGACAACGAUGGGGCCGUCGCGGCUUGGUUUGAAGGCGCGCAUCCUGUCCCUCUCACCAACCCCAACCCGCACACCCUUGGCCCAAACAACUACCGCUUGACCGACUUCCUACACCAAUGGGCACGGCAAAGUCGUCUCUUGCCAGGUAUGUCCCGAGAAAGGGGCCGGUAUCCAUGGCCAAGCAGGAUCAGUGACAUGGCUUCCAAGCCGCUCGACCAUGUCCAGUAUGGUGAUCUCGAGGGGGAUCAGUGUGACCUCCAGGGGAUCGACUGGGAAGACUUGGGAGUCACGAGGAAGGAGGCCCGCGAGCGCAGAUUACUCACUUACAACAACUAUACAAAUAACCCAAACUCGGACAGGUGGACACCGAACCUCCCCGACGUAGACCUACCUCGUAGAGAAAGCUAUUUCAGGUUCCGGCGCAUGGAUAUAAGGCGCAACAUCCAUCUCACCCACUUUCAGCUGCGGAAUGUGCUGGGAACCACGUCUCGGACACGCGCGUUUUACCCUGGCCUCAAUGCCGUCUACCAGUUCAACCCCAUCUCUGGGAAGAGCCAAUCUAUCAUGAGGUUGAGCUACGGGCCCGGUUCCAAGGUCACUGCCAUGGCUGCCGAGCACGGCGUCUUGGUCGCUGGCACUUUUGGCGGCGAGUACUUGUUGCGCCAUAUAGACUCGGGCGAGCCCGAGGAAACAGCUUGCCAGGAAGGUAUCAUUACCAAAAAUUCGAGCGGGAUAACGAACCACCUCCAGGUCCACCAGGCCCGCACAUCUUCUGCCCCGGUUGCCGCUUUCGCCUCGAACGAUAUGCUCUUUCGUGUGCUAGACAUUACUACCGAAAAGUGGCUCUCUCAAUCGGCAUUUGACUUCCCGCUUAACUGCACAGCUCUCUCGCCGGAUCGACGCCUUCGGGUCAUGGUUGGGGACCACUACAACGUUUUUAUUGCCGCGGCAGAGUCGACACUUCCUGCAGGGAACCCCGAGAUAUUGCAAGAGCUGUCCAGCCACCGCGACUUUGGCUUUGCCUGUGCCUGGGCGGACGACGGCUGGACGGUUGCCACAGGGUUCCAGGACAAGGCUAUCAAGAUCUGGGAUGCCCGCCGGUGGACUGACAGCUCGGGUUACGCAACACCCGUCUGUACGUUGCGUGCCGAUAUGGCUGGCGUUCGUAGCCUGCGGUUCUCGCCCGUUGGCAGCGGCAAGCGCGUCCUUGUUGCUGCCGAGGAGGCCGACUUCGUCAACAUUAUUGAUGCUCAGAGCUUCCGUUCCAAGCAGACAGUUGACAUCUUUGGCGAGAUUGGUGGCAUUUCUUUUACUAACGACGGGCAGGACCUUGCCGUCUUGUGCUGUGAUCGCACUCGUGGCGGACUGGUUCAACUAGAAAGGUGUGGAGCCGGACAAGAGACAUCGUGGAACCUCGAUGAGGACUCGUUUAGUGCUAGAGACUAUCGAUGGUGCAGGGGGGCGAGCUUCGAUUGGCAGCCUUCCUAUUUCACCCGAGAGAAACACACAAAGGUGACCCUUUCACGCCGACGGAGGCGAGGUGCAGCGCUAGACACUCUGGAGCCAUUUUGA